UGAAGAGGACAUAUAAACAAUCCCAAUCAAACACUAAAGAUCGCAAAGAAACACGGGUGUCAAAUAUACAUCGGAGCUUCUUCUCAAUGCCUUCUUCGAGCAAUCCGAACGGGAUAAAGGCGUCGUCGUCCAUGACGACACCGUUGUUGUCGUCCGGUUCAUCGCGCACGGCACGUCGCGGAGAGCAAAAGGGGCAAUUGACGGCUGUCGUACUCUCCGCGUACGACUUACCCAGUCGCGAGCCGCCGCUGUACGUUAAGAUCAGUAUCCCGGAGAAGUAUGCCGCGCAAACGGGUCCUCCUUGCCAACGUCAUAAGGAUCGGAACAGUUUCAAAUUCGGGAGCAACGGUGCCAGCAGCAGCACCGCAGACAAUCAAAUUAGCCUCCGUGCGCCGCUUCCCGAACUGUACACAUCCACGCUGCGAGUCGAUGUCGUCAGCGACGGCCCCGAGUCCGCCACUUUGACGGCAACGUACCGACUUGAGCAACUCCAGGUCGGGGUAGCCACGUGGCUCAUUUUGAAUCUCGAAGAAUCGACUCCUUCGUCCGCUGUAGUGCCAGACACGUCCGACGUGGUGCCGCCGACGCUGCGACUCCAAAUGACCCUGGACGGACCCUAUCGUACCGAAAUCGGGGCUCUCGUCAAUUGGGGGCAGGCCUGGUUUCGUUUCGUUGAUCAGUUGGAAGCCUCGGGUGCCAACUUCUUUUCGAAACUGCCCUUGUCGAUCUUUGCCAUUUUCAAUUCACAAUGGAUGCUCGUCUUGGUGGUACCGAUUGUCGCCGUCUUGGUUGUUUCCGCACCCAUCUGGGUUGGAUUUUUAGCCGUCACUUUGCCCAUGCUCCUGCCUUUGCUGGUGGCUGGAGCCGCUGUUUUGUUCACCGUGGCUACAGUCCUACUCAUAUUGUACGCGAGCACGAACGCGGGUCGUGAACAGGUUAGUGGCAUAUGUAUGCCAGUCGUCCACACAUUGCUUGCGAGUCGUUCCGGACAGCGUCUGGUGUACCAAACUGGUCCGCGCCCAACACCGGUUGGAGUAGCCAAAGCUAUAUUGCCCGUUAGUCUUUGGCAAAAACUGUUCGUUUCGUUGUGGAUUGAUUUCAUGGGCAGCGCUUCUUAUUUGUUGCCAAUCGUUGGGGAAGGUCUCGACAUUGCUUGGGCGCCGUUACAGACCAUCCUCAUCAUGGCCAUGUACGACACGACCAGUCCCAAUCUCAAGUACAUUUCCUUCCUAGAAGAAAUCUUGCCCUUUACCGAUAUUGUCCCAUCGGCCACCGCGGGAUGGCUCAAAGAGUUUGGCGUUCCCUUGUUGUUCGGUCCUGGCCACGGCGAACCUAUGGAGGUCAAGGAUCUAAUGAAGGUUCUUUUGUCGCCUCCACGAACGGGGUCUCCUACGCAAUCUUCCAAACCGCCACCGGCCGCAUCGUCGGCCACGCCCAUGCUUGUUCCUGCAAGCUAACGCGUUCGGGGACCGCUUUGAAAGAAGAAUGCAACAUUCGAUAGAUUACAUAGUUAUUUUACAUACAUUUUCAAUUAUU